CUCUACAGUCUACACCGAAAGCUAGUGUAACCUGACAACUGACUGUUACGACAAAAACAAUUUUAUUGUUAGACUUCAAGCAGAAAGACGUUGAGCAUGAAAAAACGUUUUUGACUUUUAAUCUGCACCAUGUCUGGACAGGGGCCGACCAUUGACACUAGGCAGGAGCUAGCCGAGCUUGUUAAAAGAAAGGCCGAAAUAGCCGAAACCCUCGCCAACUUGGAAAGGCAGAUCUAUGCAUUCGAAGGUAGCUACCUCGAAGACACUCAGCUCUAUGGGAAUAUAAUCAGGGGCUGGGACAGAUACCUGGCUAGCAACAAGAUACAGAACAGCAAGUCGGAUAAGAAAAAUCUCAAGUUCAAAGAAGCCGAAAGGCUCUUUUCAAAAUCCUCAAUUACCUCAAUGGCUGCUGUAAGUGGACUUGUUGAUAAUCAAGACAAAGGCGAAUUUAACAGCGAAAGCGAAUCUCAGACUGGGAACAGUGGUAGCGAAGACAACGUUACGCUCACCGUCAAAGAGUCUGGCAAAAACCUAUCAUCGCACAACGGCAUGAGUUACAACUACACGAACCACAAUGGCGGGAUAGACCGCCCGAUUUCACCAAGCAAAGAGGUCAAAUUGAACCGGCUCACAACAUUUAAAAAACACCUAAGCAAGAAGAUGAAGCAGCGAUAGCAGUCGAUUACAAUCUCUGGCAGCAUACUUUUUGAAACUAUGAUCUCAAUCACUUUGUGUACAAAUUCAAUGAACUUGAAAAUAAGUAAUAUAAUUUUUCCCUCCUGUUUUCACGUAAUACACAAAUCCUGCUUUUUUUACAUACAUUGAAAAAUUGAUUUUUUAACAUUUGAAUUAACAGAUGAU